AUGUGUGAUUUGGAAGCUGUUUUGAUGGGCACAUGGUCCAUUCACGAUGAUUUAAUGUCUCUACAGAGAUGUGUUGAAGAUCUCCUACCAGAAGAGUAUGAUUUCCGUUUUGUUUACUUUUGGCUUCAAUUCCAUGGUCUCCCUAUAAGUAUGAUGAACAUAACAAAGGUUACGAAACUAGCACAAAGAAUCGGAACUACCAAACCAAUAACUGAAGAAGAUGCAACCAAAUGGGGAAGAUUUGCAAGAGCUCGUGUUCUAAUCGACACCACUCAGCCUCUCCCUAGAGAUUUUAUCAUCACUCUGGCAUCGAAGAAGAAGCGUACAGUCCAGAUCAAGUAUGAGAAAUUGCCUCGAGUUUGUUACUUUUGUGGAUUCUUUGGGAAUCAGAUGAAACAAUGCCCCUCUCUCUCUAAAGUUCUUGAAGAUAACAACAUUCCACCUAAAGAUUUUUCUAGUAAGAUGAGUGACCCCAAACCAGCGCGAUACUCUGAUUUUCUUCAUGCUAAUUUCAAACCUAGCAGUAAUCUGGUAACGGAGAAGACGGUCGGAACAUGCCUGGAAAAUAAUGUUAGUUAUUGA